CAGGCAUCCCACUUGGCUUUGCCCUUAAAGUCAAGCAUUCCAGGACGUUCUGAAAGACAAAGAGAAACAAUGUAAUUUGUGGCUGAUUCAUGUCGUCAGGAGAUGUGACUUUGACUGUUCGACUAGUCCGUUCAUUUGAGCACCGUAAUUUCAAACCUGUUGUCUACCAUGGUGUUAGUCUGGACCAAACUGUAAAAGAGUUUAUUCAGUUUGUGAAGAAUGAUGUGGCAUUAAGGACUACACUUCCACCUCCUUUUAAAAAGUACAAAUACGACACAAUGAAGAUCAUACAUCAGCCACAUGGCUCUAAGCAAAUGAAACAGAACUAGCAUUUUUCUGCAUGGAUGAUUACAGAAAAUAUAAAGCAAAUCCUGUUGCAACCUGGUGAAGACUUUGAAAUUCGGAAGAAAUGCAUUUAAUUUCUGUGUCGUUUUGAAAGGUCUUACUUAAAAUCGUUAAGGUGUGUAUCUUAAGUAUUAGGAGUUACAGGAAAUCAAAAUGUAUUAUUUUCUUCACUUUUUAAAAAACUUACAAGGUAUGACAGGCCACUGUGUUAUCUCUGCAAAAAGUUUUCCCAUGUGACUCAUGAGUAGAGAUAAUUGCAAUUUUUAAAUUGAGAGAAAAUGUGGAAGAUGACCACAACAUUUUUGUAAAAGAGCAUUUAUAACCUUUUGGGAAAAUACCUUUUGGAGAUCAUAACUUUUAGAAAAGCAUGACCUUUCAGAGAAGAGUCAAAAACCCUUCAGAGUAGAAUCUUCUCUGGUAUAAAACCAGAUAUAACUAUGCAAGGCCAUGGUUUUAGUUGUUAGACUGAAUAACCUGUUAUCUCUGAUCUGUUAGGAAAACAGAGAUUUUGCCAGUGCAUGAAAACAGCAGAGCUUUAGAAGUGUUUUUCAGUGCCCACAUAUAUACUCUCCCAUAAAACAACUUGUUUUAUAUCAUGCACUCAAGAGACAAAAAUGAAGUAGACUUUGAAAAAAAUAACAUAUUUGGUUUGCUCACAACCUUCAUGUGUUCCACAUACACAGGUACAAAACUUAUCAGUCCAGUUUCAGAUGUAUUUGAGAUAAUUAUCUGUGCCAUCCGGCCAGGACAUCUCUCUUAUAACAAAACAGCAAGAAAGUGUGAUCGGAGGUCUGAAGCAGUCUGUAGUCUGCUGUCUGUCUGUAAUGAUCUUGUGGUCUGCAGCCCUUUUUAUAACUUCUCAGGAACCAUAGAGUAAAGGAAGCUGCAUACUAGAACAUACAUACAGGAAACAGUAAGCAACAGGAUCAUAGAUAAACUUUACUAGAGAAGGCUUGAAGAAGGUUGUCAUUUCCAACAAGAAUUAUACCAGAGGACCUAGAGAUUUCUGCAGAACAUUCAAUCAAAUUAGUGAAUAAUUAAAUCUGUAAAAGUCAAACCCACCAAAGUGGAAGACUGCCUAUGCUUUCUUGGUUAUAGCAGAAUUUAAACACAAUUGUACUUUAAUUCUAAAAUAAAAAAUCUGUAUUUAUUAAACUUUUUACAUGACUUAAGAGUGACUGUCCCGUGCAGUUAUCUGAUUGUGGGAGGGAAACAUUGGUUUCUCCUACUAUUGGGAUACUCCUCACCCUUUCCACUGCAGGUUAUUCCCUGGAUGAUGAGCUUGCCUUUUCCAGAAGGAAGGCUAUGUCUUCAUCCAGCCGGGCUUACAUUGGUUCAGGGUGGCCUGUGCUUCCUCUGUGGGUAUUUCUUCUUUUCUCUCCUGCUUAGUCUCCUGUCUUUGUGGGUGUCAUGUUCCAGGGCGCUUACCCCAUACUGAGGGCAGAGUUUAACUGAACAAACCCAGUAUGCGCCAAAACCAGUUUACUUAAAGAACUUAAACACCAAGUCUUUUCAAGGACUGACUACAGAACAGUGCACAGCUCAGGUAAUACAAAACAAAGUCUCACAUUCCAAAGACACAAUCUGUAGUCAGGGUGUCAAAAUUAAGUCAGGUAAGCAAGGUAAAACUGAAGUUUAACAUCAAAAGGUAUUCAGGUAUAAAGCAAGGUUUCAGGAUUCAGAAGAGUUUUAAGUCAGGAUCACAAGAACAAAGUCUGGGUAUAGAGAUCCAACCCAAGAGUCAUGGCCAAAAUACAGCUCAGCUCUGUAAGUUACUGUUCCCAAAGAGCAUUGUCUUGCAACUCUUUCUGCAGAGAAUCUCAGCUGAUGCUUAUCAGCAGACCUUCACCACUAAUCUCUGCACUGUGAAAUAUUACUUGGAAGGGAAGGUCAUUGUGACCUCUUCCAAAUAGGAGACAGAUUAACUCCUUCCAAGCACUCUCAACAGUAGCUGAACCAAACCCACCAAACCGCUGGUCAUGACAGUGGGAGUAGGAGCAGCAGCUGACUAUCUGUGCACUUUGCUUGUCCAAGAUGAGCUGGGCCAUAUGAUAUCAAGCAUCACCUCUGGUUGACCUUGUUGGCUGUCAUUUUGGGAAUUGUGGUUCUGAGGCUGCAAAUCACUUAACACUGAAUGAGAAUGGUGGAUGAGCUUGUUUUAGCUGGUCCCCAAAUGCCACUGACCAUACUACUGAUCCUGGAUGAGGGGGCGGAUCUGGCAUGUAUUACCGAGACAUGGUUGGAUGAGCUGGGUGGGGUGAAUCUCACCCAGCUGUGUCCACCGGGCUUCGGGGUUCAUCAGCAGGCCAGGGUUGAGGGGCGGGGAGGAGGAGUUGCGGUGAUCUUUCGGCAGUCCAUCGCCCUGAUCAGAUGCACCGUUCCGCAAUCUACGAGGUUUGAAUGUGUCCUGUUGAAGGUGGGAGCCCGAGACAGCUUGGGGAUUCUGUUGGUGUACCGUCCACCCCGCGACCCAGCAGUCUCCCUGUCUGAGCUAGCAGAAGUGGUCUCUAAUGCGGCCUUGGUCUCCCAACAACUCAUAGUUUUGGGAGACUUCAUGCCGAGACCACAUUAACAGGUGCAGCUCGGGAUUUCAUGGUUGCCAUGACGACCAUGGGGCUGACUCAAGUUAUAUCUAGGCCCACACAUCAGGCGGGACACACGUUGGACCUUGUCUUCAUUGUGGACGGUGGGACAGUCAGAGUGGAAGAACAAAACAUCCUUCCAUUGUCAUGGUCUGACCAUCAUCUGAUCUGUGUAAGUUUCGCUGUGUCUUCUAACCUCCGCAGGGGUGGUGGGCCUACUAAGAUGGUCCGCCCCAGAAGGCUGAUGGAUCCAGAUGGACUCCUGAGGUCUCUUGGGGAUCUUCCUGUUCUGGAGACUGGCGAUCCUGUUGAUGUCCUGGCUGAUCGCUAUAAUAGUGAGUUAGCAAGGGCACUGGACACGAUCGCUCCCGAACGUCCCCUCUCGCUGCGUAGAGCCACAUCAACUCCUUGGUUCACUGAGGAGCUGGCUGUGAUGAAGCGUGCGAGGAGGGGACUAGAGUGCAUCUGGAGGAAAUCUCGGGAUGUGUCCGACCAAGCACGGGCUAAAGCUGCCAUUAAGGCUUACUCCGUGGCUCUGCGAGCAGCCAGGAAAGCUUUCACGACUGCCCGCAUAGCGUCUGUGGCCAAUAGGCCAUCGGAGUUGUUCCGAGUUGUUGGGGAGCUCCUGCGGCCCCCUGAGACCCAGGAGCUUCCCGAUGACUUGGCAACCCGGUGCAGCGAGUUCGCGCACCAUUUCGCAGGCAAAGUUGCUCGGAUACGUCAUGAGUUGGACUCCAGCUUGACUGUGGUUGCAGCGGAGGUAACCGAGGCACCUGUCGGUCCGAUUUUGUGGGAUUCUUUCCAGCUUGUUCUUCCUGAUGACGUGGAGGGGAUCCUUGGGUCUGUGAGGGCGACCACUUGCGCUUUGGAUCCUUGUCCUUCUUGGCUGGUUAAACUGGCCAAAGAUGGGUUGUUGGAGUGAUUUGUGGCUAUAAUAAAUGCCUCCUUGGGUCAAGGGUCAUUUCCAUCCUGUUUUAAGCGGUGGUAAAACCGCUACUAAAAAAGCUCUCGUUAGACCCAUCGGUUUGUGACAAUUACAGACCAAUCUCCAACCUCCCAUUUCUGGGCAAGGUUCUGGAGCGGGUGGUUGCCACGCAGCUCCAGGGGUUUCUCGAUGACACCGAUUUUCUGGACUGCUCGCAGUCUGGUUUCAGGCCUGGGCACAGCACCGAGACGGCUUUGGUCGCCUUGGUGGAUGACCUCAGCAGGGAACUGGACAGGGGGAGUGUGACCCUGCUGGUUCUCCUGGAUAUCUCAGCGGCUUUUGAUACCAUCGACCAUGGUAUCCUUCUGGGGAGGCUCUCCGGGAUGGGGCUCGGUGGCACGGUUCUGCUGUGGCUUCGGUCCUUCCUGGAAGGCCGUUCCCAGAUGGUGAAGCUGGGGGACACCUGCUCGGACCCCUGGCCAUUGACCUGUGGGGUUCCGCAGGGGUCUAUCUUAUCCCCCAUGCUAUUUAACAUCUACAUGAAACCGCUGGGAGAGGUCAUCCGGAGUUUUGGAGGGCGUUGCCAUCUCUACGCGGAUGACACGCAAAUCCACUACUCGUUUCCAUCUGACUCCAAGGAAGCCCCUCGGAUGCUGAACCAGUGCCUGGCCGCUGUGGCGGACUGGAUGAGGAGGAACAGGCUGAGGAUCAAUCCCGACAAGACAGAGGCCCUCCUGGUCAGUCGUGCGUCGGAUCGGGGUAUUGGGUGGCAGCCUGUGCUGGACGGGGUUGCACUCCCCCUGAAAUCACAGGUCCGCAGUUUGGGGGUCCUCCUGGAUUCAGCAUUGACGCUUGAAGCACAGGUGUCGGCGGUGGCCGGGAGGGCCUUUGCACAACUCAAACUUGUGCGCCAACUGCGACCAUACCUCGUGAAGUCUGAUUUGACCACAGUGGUCCAUGCCUUAGUUACCUCUAGACUGGACUACUGUAAUGCACUCUACGUGGGGCUUCCCUUGAAGAUGGCCCGGAAAUUACAAUUGGUCCAACGCUCGGCUGCCAGAUUAAUAACGGGGGCAAGUUACAGGGAGAGAUCCACUCCCCUGUUUAAGGAGCUCCACUGGCUGCCGUUCAUCUUCCGGUCCCAAUUCAAGGUGCAGACCAUCACUUAUAAAGCCCUAAACGGUUUGGGACCCACCUACCUUCGUGACCGUAUCUCCCUCCAUAAACCUGCCCGAUCUUUACGAUCAUCCGGGGAGGCCCUUUUAUCACUACUCUCGUUAUCCCAGGCCCGCCUUGUGAGUACAAGGGAGAGGGCCUUCUCUGCUGUGGCCCCCCGACUGUGGAACUCACUACCCACUGAAAUUAGGCAAGCUCCCACUUUGUUAUC